AUAUAUAUACAUGAACCAACACAUACUAUUACCAUCUUACUAAGUCCACUUAUCAUCAUAACCUUGAAGCAGAAUCCAAUGUCGAAUUUUCUGAAUGCAACAUCCUCCUUCUGGUUCUUCCUAUCUAUGCUAUCAUUGUUCAUCUUCCUAGCCUUUCCCACCAUAUUCAAUCUCUUAUCAAAGCUGAAUUAUUCCAAAUCAGCAAAAAACUCACCCCCAUCUCCUCCAAAACUCCCAAUCCUAGGAAACCUCCAUCAACUUGGCAUGUCACAUCACCGCACACUCCAAUCUCUAGCUCAGUCCUAUGGCCCUUUAAUGCUACUUCACUUCGGGAAGGUACCGGUUCUCGUGGUCUCAACCGCCGAAGCGGCGCGUGAGGUUCUGAAAACCCAGGACCACGUUUUCUGCAACAGACCACAUCGUAAGAUGUUUGACAUCUUCUGGUAUGGUUCCAGAGACGUAGCAUCUGCUCCAUAUGGCCACUACUGGAGGCAGGUGAAGAGUAUCUGCGUCUUGCAUCUUCUGAGUGCCAAAAAGGUUCUAUCUUUUCGUAGAGUGAGGGAAGAGGAAGUUGUUUUAUUGAUAGGGAAAGUUAAAAAGAGUUUUUGUUCUGAUUUCAUAAUGCCAGUGAACUUAACUGAUUUGUUUUCUGAUGUUACUAAUGAUAUAGUGUGUAGGUGUGUUAUUGGGAGGAGGUAUGAGGGGAGUGAGCUUAGAGGGCCAAUGAGCGAGUUGGAAGAGUUGUUGGGGGCUUCGGUUUUGGGAGACUAUAUACCUUGGCUUGAUUGGUUGGGGAGAGUUAAUGGGGUGUAUGGUAAGGCAGAGAGAGCGGCUAAAAAACUUGAUGAGUUUUUGGAUGAAGUUGUUGAUGAGCAUGUUUGUAAGAGAGACCAUGAUGAUGGUUGUGGUGAUGAUGAUGUUGAUGGUUAUGGCCAGAAUGAUUUUGUGGACAUCUUGCUGUCGAUUCAGAAAACAAGCAGCACCACCGAUUUCCAGGUUGAUAGGACAAUCAUGAAGGCUUUGAUCAUGGAUAUGUUUGGUGCAGGAACUGAUACCACUCUUGCAGUCCUAGAGUGGGCUAUGACAGAACUAUUGAGGCACCCAAAUGUGAUGCAGAAACUACAAGACGAGGUAAGAAGUGUGGCUGGGGGCAGGACUCACAUAACUGAGGAGGAUUUGAAUGUCAUGCGUUACUUGAAAGCAGUCAUUAAAGAAAUUCUUAGAUUGCACCCUCCAUCUCCCAUAUUGAUUCCAAGGGAAUCCAUGCAAGAUACGAAAUUGAUGGGCUAUGACAUUGCAAUUGGCACACAAGUAAUAGUUAACAAUUGGGCAAUUUCAACAGACCCUUUGUACUGGGACCAACCACUAGAAUUUCAACCAGAGAGAUUCUUGAAGAGUUCAAUAGAUGUCAAAGGACAUGAUUUUGAAUUGAUCCCAUUUGGAGCUGGAAGGAGGGGUUGCCCAGGAAUAGGGUUUACCAUGGUUGUGAAUGAGUUGGUCCUUGCAAAUAUUGUGCACCAAUUUGAUUGGACUGUGCCUGGUGGAGUGGUGGGGGAUCACACAUUGGAUAUGUCUGAAACUACUGGAUUGACUGUUCACAAAAGGUUGCCUCUUGUGGCACUUGCAUCACUUCAUAUGUGACAAAAUAUACAAGUGAAAUAUUACAAAUAAAAUCACCAACAAUAUGUUAGAUUUCAAUUGACAUCAAAAGUGAAGUGGUACAAUCGAUGAAUAAGUUGUAUCUUAUAUCAUGUUAGAUUUUAGUUUAAAACUAAUUGAUAUUAAGGAAAUUGUUUAAAAAAUAUAUGAA